GUUCUGCCCAACCCAGUCCCGAAUCCAGAGUCCCCAGAACAGAUCACCCUUCCGUGCUAGGUUAGGCCGAGGCGAGAAGGUUCGAGACUAGCACGCGGUGGCCAUGGAGGACGAAGAGCACGAGGUGUACGGCCAGGAGAUCCCCGUCGACGGCGAGGACGUCGACAUGGGCGCCGCCGGUGAUGACGCCGCCAAGCUGCACGAGCUUGACGAGAUGAAGCGCCGUCUCAAGGAGAUGGAAGAGGAGGCCGCCGCCCUCCGCGAGAUGCAAGCCAAGGUCGCCAAGGAGAUGCAAGGUGGAGAUCCUAAUGCAACCACAUCUGAAGCAAAAGAAGAGAUGGAUUCGCGGUCAGUGUUUGUUGGAAAUGUUGACUAUGCAUGUACUCCGGAAGAAGUGCAGCAGCAUUUUAAUUCCUGCGGAACGGUCAACAGAGUGACUAUCCUGACUGACAAGUUUGGGCAACCUAAAGGUUUUGCUUAUGUUGAAUUUGUUGAAGCUGAAGCUAUUCAGGAAGCUGUCAAGCUGAGUGAGUCAGAGCUGCAUGGUCGGCAAAUCAAGGUAGCGCCGAAGCGGACUAAUGUUCCUGGGUUGAAGCAGCCCCGAGGGGGACGUGGCUAUAACCCAUAUGGUGGUCACCCCUACAUGAGGCCAUAUGGAGCCCCGUUUUUCAAUCCUUAUGGUGGUUAUGGGAGAGUUCCCAGGUUCCGCCGGCCACGGAGGCCUUUCUAUUGAAGUGAAGGCUCUCAUGGAGUUUGCCUGCACUUGGCACGAGACUUUGACCUUAAAGCCAGUGCAGAGAAUACAAAUCCUUAGCUUUGUGUUGCGCUAUUUGACAGUUUGAUAUUGUGAUGGGUUUGUGUUAUGUUGACAAUGUUUAAGGUACUACAGGCAGCAGCAUUAUGUGCUUUGAAAUUAUGGGGAAAGCAUAUUCUCAAGUUAUAUACAGCAUUUUCCUUGAAUUGGAUUAUAUUGUAAUUUGUUUCACCAUUCACUACUUAUUUUAGUUUCAUACUGUGGUUUAGCAAAAA